UAUCACAAUAUGCUAUAUACCAUUAUUCUAUCUCACUCACAUUAGAAGCUAAGCCGAACCAAUGGAAUACUGAGCAGGCGCGAAAUAUAGCUGGAGUAGGGAUAGACGAUGGUGAUUGCAGCGGCGCAGCUGGGCGUCUGACGUUAUAAAAGGGCGUCGGAGGGCGAAUGGACGAAUUUGAAAAUGGCACCCAAAGCGAGCGGUAAGGCAGUGAAGAAGUCGGGCAAGGCCCAGAAGAACAUCACCAAGGGCGACAAGAAGAACAGGAAGAAGCGCAGGAAGGAGAGCUACGCAAUCUACAUCUACAAGGUGCUGAAGCAGGUACACCCGGACACUGGUGUGUCGAGCAAAGCCAUGAGCAUUAUGAACAGCUUCGUGAACGACAUCUUCGAGCGUAUCGCCGCCGAGGCUUCGCGUCUCGCUCAUUACAACAAACGCUCGACCAUCACGUCCCGGGAGAUCCAGACGGCCGUGAGGCUGCUGCUUCCCGGUGAGCUGGCCAAGCACGCCGUCAGCGAGGGCACCAAAGCCGUCACCAAGUACACCAGCUCGAAGUAAAUUUUUCUUUUGGCGAGUCCCGCAGCACCGGACAGCAAAAACAAAUAUACAAACAUCAUCGGCCCUUUUCAGGGCCACCAAGCAUCUCAUUA